AAAAAAACAGAAUUUCAGCUCCUGUGCCCCCUGCUGUGUGCCGACAUUCAAUAGGAGUUGCACCUAUGUUUUUGAGCCUAUCGUAUUCGCCAAUUCUCGAAACAACGCCACCACCUUCCUCAACCACCACCACCAUCCAUCUCCCCCAUCUGCAAAAUCUAUGUCCCUAAAACAGUUGGAUGGAUCCCAGCUGCCGGUGUCGACGGCAGACCUGGCCCCAAAUAUUCCCCAAGAACUCAUUAUCGACAUACUCUUGCGCCUCCCCGCAAGAUCCGUCGGCAAAUUCAGUCUGAGGAGCGGAACUUGGAGGAGAAUUGACGUUUUGCGUUAUCGUCUUCAUUUUCUUUCUGGGGUGUUUCUGAAUGGUGCUAUACAUUGGUUGGUGAAGUCUGACGUUUCACUAAUUUUAGCUUUCGAUUUGAGUUGCGAGGAAUUAAAGCUCCUGCCACUGCCUUUUUCUCGUCCAGAAAACUGUUUGUUCUCUCGUAUUGCAGUUCUUGACGGAUGUCUAACACUGGUUGCAACUAUGGGUUAUUGUAUUGAUGUUUGGAUGAUGAAGGAGUAUGGUGUUGAAGAAUCUUGGACCAAGUUUAGUGUUACUACACAAAACUAUGCGGCUCUUCCUUUACCUAUUUGCCUGCUGGGGGACGAUGAUCUUGUUUUGUAUGUGAAUCAGAAACUCGUUGUGCAUAGUUUGACAGGAGAAACUAGGAGGGAUAUGUUAUUUGCUGGAGAUAAGUUUAGAGAUGUUAAGGCCUUUUGCGAAAGUCUUGUCUCGCCUAUUUGCUAUUGUCAGAAAUGAAGGCCAACAGAACCUUGGGGUUUGACGGUUGGAAAUCUAUGCAUGCUUAUUUGGUAAAAGCCUAUUCAAUUAUGUGUUAAUCUUAUUUAAAUAGUCAUUAAAUCUAAGUGGUUAGAUGGUUGGCUAUAUAGCUACCCAGUUUCCUGUUGGAAAAAUACUUUUGUGAAAGUUACAAUGAUUGACAAGUUUGUACUAGAUGUGAUGUAAUACUUGCUGAUUGUAUUGUACCAAAGUACCGGAGGCCAAAAUUUCGCCCUGGAAUUCAGUUCCUUCUCUUGAAGAUAAGUCACGAUAAGCCCCUUUUGUCA